GUGAUGGGGAAGAAUAUAUGAAUUUUUCUUGUUUAAAACUUGGCAGUUGUUCUUCUUCUUCUCCUUAAUUAUAAGAGCAUAACGAAGAAGCAUCUUCUUGCUAUCUUCUUUUCUUUUAAACACCUUCUCUAUAUAUAUAUAUUCUUUGGUUUCCUUCGCACCGAUCAUUGAGCAUGGGAACUGGAAGGCCCAUGGUCUCGUUCUUGCUCAUGUUCUUCUUGGUUUUGAACGUUCCAGCACAGAGAACAACAACGGACACUCCAGCGACGACAUCGUUCACUUUCCGGGGUUUUAGUGGAAACGAAUCAGAGACUCGGAUUUCAGGAGUUGCGAUGAUAAAACCAGACGGACUGUUGAGGCUCACGGACCGAAACCCAAACGUUAGCGGUACAGCCUUCUUCAAUAAACCGGUGAGAUUGCUCGAGACUAACGGGGAUUCCAGGGUAAUUCGAUCGUUUAGCACCUCUUUCGUCUUUGUCAUCAUCCCUACAAGCUCCAGCAACGGAGGUUUUGGCUUCACCUUCACGCUAUCUCCGACCCCUGAUCGUCCCGGAGCGGGAUCCGCACAGUAUUUGGGACUUCUCAACAAAGAGAACGAUGGGAAUUCGAGCAAUCACGUUUUCGCCGUUGAACUAGACACGGUUCAAGGAUUCAAAGACGGUGCUGAUAGCACAGGCAAUCAUAUCGGUCUGAAUUUCAACAGCCUCACAUCCGAUGUCCAAGAACCGGUUGCUUAUUACGAUAACGACCAUCCUGACCGCAAAGAGGAUUUCUCGCUUCAGAGCGGGAAACCCAUCCGAGCACUUUUGGAUUACGAUGGGCCAACGCAAACGCUGAAUUUCACCGUUUAUCCGGCGGAUUCGGAGUCUAAACCCUUAAGGCCAUUGAUCUCACGUCGGGUUCCAAAACUGUUGGAGAUUGUGCAAGAGGAAAUGUACGUCGGGUUCACAGCAGCGACGGGAAGAGAUCAAUCGAGUGCUCAUUACGUGAUGGGUUGGAGUUUCUCUAGCGGCGGAGAACGUCCGAUUGCAGAGACGCUCGACCUCUCGGAGCUUCCUCCUCCGCCUCCGAAUACGAUGAAGAAGAGAGGUUACAAUGGUAAGGUCCUCGCUCUGAUCGUGGCUCUAUCGGGAGUAACACUGAUCUUGCUUGCGUUAUUGUUCUUCUUGGUGAUCUACAAGAAGCGAUUGCAACGAGGAGAGAUUCUCGAAGACUGGGAAAUCAAUCAUCCUCACAGGCUCAGAUACAAAGAUCUCUACGCUGCUACUGAUGGAUUCAAGGAGAACAGGAUUAUCGGAACCGGAGGAUUCGGAACCGUUUACAGAGGAAGCAUCUCAUCAUCUUCUUCCCAUGAUCAAAUCGCUGUGAAGAAGAUCACUCCGAAUAGCAUGCAAGGUGUUCGAGAAUUUGUCGCAGAGAUCGAGAGUUUGGGACGUCUUAGGCAUAAGAAUCUGGUCAACCUCCAAGGAUGGUGCAAGCACAAAAACGAUCUCCUCUUGAUUUACGAUUAUAUCCCCAACGGAAGCUUGGACUCGCUGCUCUACAGCAGACCCCGACAAAGCGGCGCCGUUUUAUCCUGGAACGUGCGUUUCCAAAUCGCUAAAGGAAUCGCGUCUGGUUUGCUGUAUCUCCACGAAGAAUGGGAAAAGAUUGUGAUUCACAGAGACGUGAAGCCUAGCAACGUUUUGAUUGAUGAUAACAUGAAUCCUAGAUUGGGAGACUUCGGGCUCGCGAGGCUUUACGAACGCGGAUCGCUAUCGCACACCACCGUGGUCGUUGGCACGAUUGGGUAUAUGGCGCCGGAGCUAACACGCAGCGGGAAAUCGUCGACUGCGUCUGACGUUUUCGCGUUUGGCGUUUUGCUGCUAGAGAUCGUGUCCGGGAGAAGACCGACGGACUCCGGGACCUUCUUCUUGGCCGAUUGGGUUAUGGAGUUGCGCGCGAGCGGUGAGAUUCUCCAUGCGGUUGACCCGAGACUCGGAUCUGGUUACGACAGUGGAGAAGCAAAGCUUGCGCUCACUGUCGGAUUGCUCUGUUGCCAUCAAAGACCGGCGUCUCGACCGUUGAUGAGAAUGGUGAUUAGGUAUUUGAACGGAGACGAAGAUGUUCCUGAGAUUGACGACAAUUGGGGAUACUCAGAUUCUUCAAGAAGCGAUUUAGGAUCCAAGUUUGAAGGGAAUGUUUCGUCGGAUCAGACUUCGAGCUCAAUCGCAUCUUUCUCUGUCACGCGGGUUUCUUCAAGCUCUGUUAUCAGUGGUAGAUAGAUAGCUGUGCAAAUAAAAUCAUAUUUAUAUUUUAUUGAGGGGGUUGAUUAGUCCGGGUCUCUCUUUUAUAUUUCGUUGUAGCCUAAAUAAGACCACAAUAUUACGAUGUUUUGCAGCUAUCGUUUAUAGCGGCUCCGAUGACAACCGCCGGCGGUUUUAACGGUACGGAUGUUGUUGUUUUCUCAAUCAGUAGAAACAUCGGCCGCCAGCCAUUA